UGGCAAUAUGAAAAUUAUCGGCCCUAGGACACACAUUCGUAUACUACCCUAGGUAGGUUACAUAAAUGUACUCGUCUUCUGCGCAUAACGCAUCCUUACCUCAUAAACUUAUAACGCGAACUCCUCAAGCUAAUUUAUUUUCUUCUUGUGCCUUGUGAUCUUACCCUGGGCUGAUCAGGUUAGAUCUUUUUCCUACCUCGGGUUAUCUAACCCCUUUUCUUCAUUCAUAAGUUCCAGUUGUGCGCCUCUGUCCCACCAGGUACUUUUAUAAUUCGCUGCGCGAUAAAAUCAUACUUCGACGCCUAUCAUAUUUAUCAACCUACCCGAGUGGCUUCGCACAACGGUAUUCUACAAUGGCAGGCUACGAUUAUUACAAAACGCCUCUGGAUUCCCGCUACUCCAGCGAGGAGAUGAAGAAGUUGUUUAGCCAAAGGAGCAGACACAGCACUUGGCGCCAGCUUUGGCUAUGGCUUGCCGAAGCCGAGAAGGAACUCGGCCUCGAGUCUAUCACGGACGAAGCGCUCGAACAGAUGCGAUCCCACCUUACCGUGACAGAUGAUGACUUCAACAUCGCUAUAGAAGAGGAACGCCGUCGCCGACACGAUGUUAUGGGCCACGUUCAUGCAUAUGGUAUUGUGGCGCCUGCCGCAGCCGGUAUUAUCCACGCUGGGGCUACUUCAUGUUAUGUUACCGAUAACACUGAAUUAAUCCUCAUGCGCGAUGCGAUAGAUCUUAUUCUGCCUAAGCUUGCCAAGGUCAUUAGCAACUUAUCCAGCUUUGCACAGAAGUGGCGAGAGGAGCCAACUCUAGGCUACACGCAUUAUCAGCCCGCCCAAAUGAUUACGGUUGGCAAGCGAGCUGCGGAAUGGACUCAAGAACUAGUCAUGGAUCUUGAAGACAUCGAGCAUGUCCGCCAAGAACUUCGAUUUCGGGGAGGUCAAGGGACAACGGGCACCCAAGCGUCAUUCCUUGAGCUCUUUAACGGCGACGAAGCUAAAGUUGAUCGACUAAAUGCUCUUCUCUGCGAGAAAGCUGGAUUCCCCAGCUGCUACUCUAUAUCUACACAGACAUAUACAAGAAAGGUCGAUCUUCGCAUCUCUAAUGCUAUCGCGGGCCUGGGUGCUACUGCACAACGUAUCACAUCUGACAUCCGUCAUCUUGCGAAUCUAAAGGAAUUGGAGGAACCAUUCGAGAAAGACCAGAUCGGAAGCUCUGCCAUGGCAUACAAGAGAAACCCUAUGCGUUCCGAGCGUAUCUGCUCGCUUGGCCGUAAACUUGCGAGCCUUCCAGUCAACUUCUCCAAUACAUUUUCAGCACAGUGGCUCGAAAGAUCCCUAGAUGAUAGCGCUAUUCGUCGCAUAGACAUCCCCGAAAUGUUCCUAUUAGCUGAUGCUAUACUAAUCGGCCUUGAUAACGUGACCAAUGGCUUGGUUGUUUACCCGAAGCGAAUAGAUGCGCGGAAUAAGCAGGAGCUUCCCUUCAUGAUUACUGAAGCUAUUUUGAUGAAGAUAGUUUCUAAAGGAGGUUCCCGACAAGAAGCGCACGAGAAAGUCAGAGUUCUUUCCCACGAAGCUAGCCAUGUCGUCAAGCAUGAGGGUGGCAACAAUGACCUUAUCGAGCGUAUUAAGAAAGACGAGUACUUCAAAGAUAUCUGGGACGAUAUCGACGCAAUGCUGGACCCCAAGCUUUACAUUGGUCGAAGCACCACAAUAGUUGAUAGGUAUUGUGGCAAAGGUGGAGAAAUCGAGAAGAAGCUGGAGCCGUACCGGGAAUUCAUUGCAAAGGCUGAGACUGCGCAACUCAACCUCUAACCGCUGUAUCAUAAUCUCCGACGUGGCGUCUCUUCUGGGGUUAUCUGCGCUUCCCUAGACCGCUUGUCGUCUUUCUUUUCGCUUCUCCUUUUUAAAUAGUCGUAGUUUCUUCGAUACAUGAGGCAAGGAGUUUGCAGGUAUGACGCUGUAUUUGUAAAAAUAAAGAUUUUAAUUGGCGUUGCUGUCACAAAAUGUAACUAUUGGAAGCUGACGUCUGCAUACAAGCGAGACGGGAUACAACUUCUUAAAUGGGUACAGCUUUGCAGCAUCCCUCAAUGAUAAAUCAAUAAUUGGACGCCAUGCUGCUGUAUUGCAACUUCCGGGAGGGGAAGUGCAAAUCAAGUUCCAGCACGGGGCGGCAUACCAGCAUGUUUUUGGAAAUUCGUA